UGCUGAAAGUGCGACGGAGGUUUGUCAUCAUGAUCUGCGAGGGUAACUCAGUGUCCAUGCUUGGCUGUAAAUAAUUUGCAAAAGUAUACCGCGGAGUUACUCUCUGUGCUCGCAUUAGGUAAAUUAUGUGAAGUUAUUUUAACCUCGUGAAAAGAAAAUCGCAGCAAACUUACCGAGACGCAACUGCUGAUCCCCCUCUGCAGUUCACCCCCAAAACACAACUGAACUGUCACCGCGACGCUGCAAGGCUCAUCGGACGUUGGUGUCAGACUACAGACUGAACUGGUGACCGUGUUGACAUAGAUACACUCUUCAAGUCAAUGAGCAUGGCGCUGGCCUGGCUCCAGUCUCACCUGCCCCGCGCUAUCCCAACCCCUGUCACACAUCAGCGCACUCCCAGCAAAUCGUGCUGAACAGGACUGCGUGGAGAGCCAUGCUGUCUGGUACGUGGCGGCGCUCCGUGGGCCACCAGCAGCCUGCUGCAGCGCCCGUGGUCAGCUCCAAGAUGACGGUGUGCGGGGUACCCAGUGGCACGGUGGUCCUCGAGGCCCAGUAUGACUACAACUACCGUGGUGCAGAUGGACGGCAGGUUUGCAUAAGAGAGGGUGAACGGUUUGUUCUCCUGAAGAAGACCAAUGCUGACUGGUGGCAGGUGCGGAGGAUUGGAGCGGCCAGCAAAGCAAAGCCAUUGUACGUUCCUGCCACAUAUGUGACGGAGGUACCUAUUGCACCAAUGCCCUCGCCACAGCGCAUGGUCAUGUCUUCCUCGCUGAACUCCAACCUCAGGUUACUCCCACGGGCAUCACUCUCUCCCACCUCGACAGGGACUAAUUAUAACGGACAGCACCAAGUGAACAAACCUAUCUAUCGCUCCAUGGAAAACCUCAGUUCCAACAGUGCCUUCCGGGGGCUGGGCAACAACAACAACAGCACGGUUGGAGGCCACUUCCCCACCCUGCCCCUCUCUGGAUUCACCUUUACCCCCAACUCUCCCACCUCCCCGUCAGGCCACCUCAUGGUUCCAGGUUCCCCCGAAUCCUUGACCGGACAAAACCCGCCACAGAACCCCAGGGUGGUCCCCAUGAUCACUCGGAGCCAGAGCUCCAGCAACCUGCCAGAAAAUGUGACGGAGAACCCGUACGAUGAGGUGGGCGGUGGCUGCGGCAGUCGCGUCAUCCACAGGGUCCCCAAGAAGUCCAGCAGCCAGGGGGACGUGGUGGGGACUUCACGCAAGAACAACCAUCUGCAGGUCCCAACCGAGUCGUACAUGUCCCAGCUGUCCUGGCAGGAAUCCCCUCUUUACACAGGAACGCAGCAAGAAAAGCGUCAGUCACAGCAAGAGCCACCUAUUCCUGAACCGGGUCAGCAGCCUGUUCAGAUCCUGGACCUGUGGGAGCAGUACUCUGAUCCGACCACAGGUAGAUGGUUCUACGUCAACAGCAUUACCAAGGAGAGGUCCUGGAAACCCCCUCGAAGGGCCCGCAGUCAAAUUACCCACAAGGUCGAUCCGGUACAAACUCAGACAUUACCCAGGGACACCAGCCAUCUGUCACUACCACUUUCUGAAGCUGGCAAUGGCACUAUGCAUAAGCUGUCGCCUGAUUUUGUCUUCGGGAGCCACGAGAGGAAUGCUGACGGUGGCUGGCAGAUGAAACAGAACAUGCACCGUGCCGCCUCCUCUGCCACCCUGAGCACGGUGGCAUUCACUAACCCCGACGCCCAGCGCCACAACUCUGCACCCCUGCACGAGGCCAAGCAGCACCUCAGCCACUCCCAGUCCAUGAUCCUGCCUGAGAAUGGAAAGCUGGUCCAGCAGUGCAAAGACUAUUCCUGCAACGUGACCAAUAUUGUAGUGGAGCCUCCGUCUCCUGAGAGCUCUCCAGACAGCGACGGCUGCACACCGGAGCUGGAGAAAGCAGGCCUGUUAAACAAGACAAAGAUUGCAGAGGGCGGCAGAAAACUGAGAAAAAACUGGAGUCCGUCCUGGGUCGUGUUAGUCGGCAACAGCCUGGUGUUCUUCAAGGAUCCUAAAUCACAGACACCUUCCAGCUGGAGACCAGGAAAUAGUCGUCCUGAGAGCAGUGUGGAUUUAAGAGGAGCGCAGCUGCACUGGGCCAAUGAGCUGUCCAGCAAGAAAAACGUGUUCAAGCUGAGGACAGUGACAGGCAACGAGUUCCUGCUGCAGUCAGAGACGAACUCUCUGAUCAAAGAGUGGUACAACACCAUCCAGAAUGUCAUCGACAGGCUGGAUCGUGAAAACCCGUUAGACAACGUCCUGUUGUACUCCCUGAGGAGGGCUGGCAGCGUAGAGAUGCUGGACCACAGCGGUGACGAGGAUGACAGGAGAACAUCUCUUCCUCGCUCGACGUCCAACCUGGAGAACACCGAGAGGAAAAGAGUGAAGACCCGACUGAAGAAGCUGAUCCUGAAGAGACCUCCGCUACAGGCCCUGCAGGAGAAAGGGCUCAUUAAAGAUCAGGUGUUCGGCUGUAGCCUGGAGAUGCUCUGCGAGAGGGAGAGGAGCACCGUCCCUCGCUUCGUCAGGCUUUGUACCGAGGCCGUGGAGAGGAGAGGGCUGGACACGGACGGUAUCUACAGAGUAUCGGGAAACCUGGCAGUGAUUCAGAAGCUACGCUUUCUGGUGAAUCACGAGCGAGCGGUGACUACUGACGGCCGUUACAUGUUCCCAGCGGAGUUGGUUCAAGAGGAGAAGCUGAAUUUGGACGAGAGCGAGUGGGAGGACGUUCAUGUCAUCACGGGAGCUUUGAAACUUUUCUUCCGUGAGCUUCCCGAGCCCCUGGUGCCCUACGGCUUCUUCACCGACAUCGUGGAGACAGUCAAGAUGUCAGACUACAUGGACAAAGUGGAUCGACUGAAGUGUCUGGUGCUGAACAUGCCUCCUCCGAACCACGACACGCUGAAGUUCAUGUGCCGGCAUCUGAAACGAGUGUUGGAACAUUCGAACACCAACAGAAUGACCACCCAGAACAUCGGCAUCGUGUUUGGGCCGACGCUGAUGCGCCCAGAGCGGGACAACGGCAACAUGGCAGUGAACAUGGUUUACCAGAACCAGGCGGUGGAGCUCAUCCUCAGCGAGUUUGACCACAUCUUCGGAACAAGAGGCCUCUCUUGAUCUUUUUGGACGAGGGUGGGGGGGCGGGUUCAGAGUGCUCCUCGAGAUCAGACGAAAGUACUGCAGCGCUCGUCCUCUUUGCCUGUUGACUCAUAUGGUGUAAAAUGGAUUUCACAUCAAAAGAUAAUUAUGGGGUAAAAAGAACCAGGACACAAAGCUGCUAAUCAUGACAUCUGGCCUCCAUAUAAAGCCAUGCUAAAACAAUAAUAGUAAAACAAGCCAAUUUUAGCUGCAAUACUUAUGCCUUUAAGUGCAGAUGUGGAGCCCAGCCCCGGUGUACUUCUCCGCUGGAAGAGACGCCUUCUUGUCACUUCUCCUUGAUGUUUCAGAUGAGGACAAAGAAAAAGCCAUAAAAGUGAUAAAUCUCCUCCAGCCUCUCCAGCUAGCGGUGUACUUUGCAGUUAUUGAUCAAGGAGGGACACAUCUCGACGUAGCACUGAAACAAAACUUAGCAAAACCAUCUCACUGUGAAAACACGCGAACCAGCACGUCUUGCGGGACGGACGGACAGAUCCCACCUGCAGCGAAUGUGCUGCCGAUUGUAGGAUGAGAUAAAGAAGGACGCACGCUGGCUGUGAAAACGUAAUUGUGCUCAACUUACAGAUGUUACAGUGUUUAGAAAAAGUUUCUUUUCUCAUUUUAAAGAGGUAAAAGUGUGAUUUUGACGAUGGGAUGAAUGUGCCAACUGGGCAGCAAAUGUACCUUUGUAGCAAAUAGUACUUUUUAGUAGGUGGACCCUCAGAAACCUCCCUUGCUGUACAAAUUUGAACCCACCUUCUAUUUUUAUUAGUUCAAACUCCUCAUUUUAAAUGAAAAAAUAUUGAUUUGUAAAUAUGUGAAAUACUGUCUUUGUCGACCAGUAGCACUUUGCAUACGGCGUGUGUACCCUUAACAUUACGUAAUUCAAACCGAUGCGUUUGUUUUGAAACGAACAAUUGUGUUGUUGAAAUAUUACUGUUAAAGCUCCUGCAAUAAACACAUGUGAACCAA